CAGGCAGACACCCGAAGGCGGCUGCGGGACUCGGGACGUGGGUGUUCCCUCGGGGGUGGGCCUGCGCCAGCCUGGGCUGGCCGACGCGCCGCCUCCCUGGGCCUCCAGAUGAUGGCAGUUACUGCUUCCGAGGUCAUGCGCCGCGGUCCCGUCUUCAGGGUGCGGGCUCGGGUCGCGCGCGUCCGGAGCCGCUGACGAGCCAGCCCGCUCACAUCUUGGGGGAAAUGAUACCCCUAAACCCUCGCCCCGCACUCUGCCACCAUUUCCGUCCUUCUCUUCUCCGCUCAGCGUUUAAGGACGCAGCCAGCGCCCGGGAGGGAGCCGGGGCCGCGGGCCUCUCCGAGCCGGGCACCCCACUCGGCCCAGCCGCGCUGCUCCGGACGCUGUCCAGCGCUCGCCGCCAGACCCGAGGCUGCAGCGGAGCCAAGGCACUCAUCGUGUCCCCCAGCAAGCGGGCCCGAACCGAGGUGAAGGGCAACAUCCAGCUCCGCUUUGCCCGGCUCUCGGAGCACGCCACGGCCCCGUCCCGGGGGUCCGCCCGAGCUGCAGGCUACGACCUGUACAGUGCCUAUGAUUACACAAUACCACCUAUGGAGAAAGCUAUUGUGAAGACUGACAUUCAGAUAGCUCUUCCUUCUGGGUGUUAUGGAAGAGUAGCUCCACGUUCUGGCUUGGCUGCAAAACACUUUAUAGAUGUAGGAGCUGGUGUCAUAGAUGAAGAUUAUAGAGGAAAUGUUGGUGUUGUACUAUUUAAUUUUGGCAAAGCAAAGUUUGAAGUCAAGAAAGGUGAUCGCAUUGCACAGCUCAUUUGUGAACGGAUUUUUUAUCCAGAAAUAGAAGAAGUUCAAGUUUUGGAUGACACUGAAAGGGGUUCAGGAGGUUUUGGUUCCACUGGAAAGAAUUAAAAUUUAUGCCAAGAAUAGAAAAUGAAAAAUUGUACCUUUUUCAUAAAAAUAAAGAGUUUUUGCUUAAGUGUUUUGCAUUUCUAUAAACUAUACCUUUAUCUUCAAUAAAAAUAUUUCAUUUUCUUAUGAUCUAUUGGGAUCAGAUAGAAACUUUGUUUUUUUCUGCAAUUGAUAGUUGUAUGUUAAUCGGCUUAAUGGUGUCUAAAUGCAAAGUGUCUUUUUUUAGUCAAAGGCACACCAAUUGCAGAUACAAAAAAAACCCUGUAUUUAAUUCAA